UCUGUCCAUACACCUCUAGGGGAACUAACAGUGUUCCCCAGAUCCCCUAGCUGGCAAGAGAUGCGUGUCUAUGUCAUUCUACUAGCUCUAGAAAGAAUCUCCACAUGAGAGAUGUUACAACUUCUUUAUUAUAUUUAUACUUAUAUCUCGCUAGAAACUACCUUCGGUCUCAAUACGUCUAGGUGUUCCUGGUUCAGCUGUAGUUACAAAUAAGCAAGUAACACUCAAUCAAACACAGAAACUUUAAUAAUCUUUACGGCAUAUCACACAAGCUGGACUCUCUCUGACAACUAACAUACUUCCAGUCAUUCAUGCAAUUGUAAAAAUAGAUUAUACAUGUAUACACACAUUCAUCUGUGACAAAAGAGUUUUUUGGUUCAAUUGGAAAUCAUCCUUCAGGAUAUCUAUCCCCACUUGGCUAUCUAUCAGGUGUUACUGAGAAGAGACAACUGCUCUUUGAAUUAUGAUCCCCUCACCGAAGAAAUUUAAGAAUGGCCCAAACCCUGGACCCAAUCAACCAUCAUCACUCUUCCAAAGAAAGGCAAUUUACAACUCUGUCAAAACUAUCGCACCAUCAGCCUCAUAAGCCAUCCCAGCAAAGUACUGUUAAAAAUUAAAUUAAAUCAAUUAAAACCAAUAGCAGACAAAAUCAUAUCAGAAGAACAAGCGGGUUUUAGACAAGGUUGCAGCACAACAGAACAAAUCCUAAACCUCAGAAUACUAAGUGUAAAAAUUUCUCCAACACCAAGAGAAUCUUUUCCAUGUCUUUAUUGAUUUCAAGAAAGCUUUCGAUCGAGUAUAGCACGGGGCACUCUGGGCGACAAUGGAAAAGUACAACAUUAAUAAAAACAUAAUCAAAGUUAUCCAGAACCUCUACAAGGAUGCUACCAGUGCGGUGUACUUCAACAAUAAUAUCAAAACCACAGUUUGAGUAAGACUAGGCUGCCUACUUUCACCAACACUCUUCAAUAUCUUCCUUGAAAGGAUAAUGGAAGAUGUUGUCGAGGGCUAUGAAGGUACUGUAAGCAUUGAAGGAAGAUGAAUUACUAACUUGCGUUUCACAGAUGACAUUGAUGGCCUAGCAGGGACAGAAGAACUAGCUGACCUGGUGAUGCACAUUGACAAGACUUCUGCAGCAUAUGGCAUGCAAAUAAAUGCAGAAAAAAAACAAAUUAUGACCAAUAGCUAACAGAGCUUUAAAAGAGGUGAAAAGCUGACUACCGAAUAGUACAGUCCACAGCAGCCCUUUCAAAACUUAAAAUACUAUGAAAAGACAAAGGCUUAGCCCUCGGCACCAAAAUCAGACUGAUGCGCUCUCUGGUCAUGGCCACAUUUUUAUAUGCUUGUGAGUCUUGGACGCUGACUGCAGAGCUAGAGAGGAGGAUCCUAGCAAUGGAAUUGAGAUGAUACAGAAGGAUCCUAGAUAUCACGUUCAAAGACUGCAUCACAAACCAAGAGAUUAGAGACAGGGCUACUGCAGCGAUCGAACUCCAUGAUGACCUGCUAACUAUAGUGAAAAAAACGCAAGCUCAAAAUCUAUGGCCAUAUUACAAGAUCUUUGGAGCUCGCAAAGACCUUCCUUCAGGGAACAGUACAAGGAAAAAGAAGAAGAGACAGACAGAGAAAGCGAUGGGAAGGCAACAUAAAAGAAUGGACGGGCCUGCCAUUGAAAGAGGUUCUAAACAAGGCAGAAGACAGGGAGGAAUGGAGAAAGACGGUCGACAAGUCUUGCUUGCUGCCCCAACGGUCCAACAGACUAAGGGAUAGCCAUGGAGCUUGAAAUAAAAAACUCAGGUUCUACACUGACUUCUGUUAAGAGUUCUUCAGACCUGAAGAAAUAGCGAAAAUUCCAGAUUAUAAGAAAUUACAUUUAAUCAGCAUGAGACAAAAACUAUGAGGUUAUGACAAUGGCAGAGAAUAAAAAUACCUUGGCUUCUUUAGUGAAAAAAUGUAAAUCAAGUAAAAAACAGAAGUCAGCAAACUCCUGUAAAGAAUCAAACAGGGUGCAGAAUAAAUCAAUUAAAAGUAAGAUUAUAGAAAAAACACAGAAAUACUUAAACACCAGCUGUAUGGCAUUGCCUGGUGAUAAUGGUAAUAUAUUUUCUCAAGAACGUUAUCUUGAAUAUGUUGAUAAUUUGCCAGAAUAUGGUGGACUUAACAUUGUUCCAGAUGCUGUGGUUCCUUCUGAUAGUAGGAAAGGUGAGGAUGAAGAUUAUAGCAAGAAGACAUUACCAGAGGGAUUGGUUAUAAAGUCUUCAGAAAUACCAGAGGCAGGACUAGGUGUUUUUGCUACUAAGCUUUUUCCUUCAAGAACUAGGUUUGGACCAUAUUUGGGGAAAAUAGAAAAAAAUAAAAUCAAAGCUGAAAAGACUGGGUUUAGUUGGCAGAUUUACAAAAAUGGUAAAGCUUCCCAUUUUGUUAAUGCUGAUGAUCCCAGCAACUCAAACUGGAUGAGAUUUGUUAACUGUUCCAGAAGUGAAGGUGAACAAUCUGUACAAGCUUAUCAACACAGAGGACAAAUUUACUUUAUAGCUCCUAAAGCUAUACAGCCAAACACAGAGAUUCUAGUAUAUUAUGGAGACAAAUAUGCCAAACUAUUGGGCAUCCCUCUACAGAAAUCAGAACAGAGCAAGAAAAAACAAGCAGAUAAUCAGAAAGGUAAUUUACACUGUAAUUUCUGUCCCUUGGUUUUUGUCAGUUUUCAUUUUUACAUUGAAUCCCAUCUGAAACAUCAACAUCCAGAACAUUAUUGGAAUCUUAUAAACAUGUGCCAAAGAAAAGACACCACUCAAACAGACUCUGAGACGUGUGAAAUUAGCAAACAACCUAAUAAAAGCUGUGCUUGCUAUUUGAAUCGGCGCUCUAAAGCAAAAAGAUUUACUUGUAACAUUUGUGCUAAAACGUUUGCAAGUAGGAAUUCCAUAAAAAUACAUGUUUUUACACACACAGGAGAAAAACCUUUUCAAUGUGAUGUGUGUAAUAGAAAGUUUACACUGUCACAUUUCCUGACUAGACAUAAACUGGUACAUUCAUCAGAAAAACCUUUUGUCUGUAACAUUUGUGGUGAAAGUUUUAAGCAGCCAAGCAGUUUGGGAAGUCAUAAAUCUAGAAAACACAAUGAUUUAAGACAAAGUUUCAAAGAUGCAGGACAAAGAAAACAAUAUGCAUGUAGUUUUUGUAGAAAAAUGUUUUCACGUCCAUAUUGUGUAAAGAAGCAUGAGCUCAUACAUACAAGAAAACAAUUUCCCUGUGAUAAAUGUGAUCAAAACCAGCAGAAUAAAAGCUGUACCUGCUAUUUGAAUCUACACACAAAUUCAAAAUUUAAAGAAAAAAAAUUUGCUUGUAACCUGUGUGCUAAAAAAUUCACAUUUCUGCGUAGUUUAAAGAGCCAUGUCUUUACACACACAGGAGAAAGACAGUUUCAUUGUGAUGUUUGUGGCGGACAGUUUUCACAGCUGUACAUUUUGAAAAGUCAUAAACUGAUACAUUCAUCAGGAAAAAAAUUUAUAUGUGAUAUUUGUGGUGAAUGUUUUAAACAUCAAAACUCUUGUUUAUCACAUAAAUGUAGAAAACACUCAGAUUCAAUAUAUACCAGUUCUAAACAAAAACUUUUAACAGAAAAUGGAAAAUCACAUUUACCACUAUGUGAUGUUUGUGGUCAAAGUUUUGCAUCAUCAUUCUCAUUGAAGAGACAUCAGCUCUUGCAUACUCGACAACAGUUGAUGUGUGAUAAAUGUGAUCAACUAUUUGAAACUGCAGGCAUUUUAAAGAGACAUAAAUGUUAACAGUCAGGCAAUACAUCCACAUUUCUUUGUCUGCGAUGAAUGUUGUAGACGACAUCAUAAAAGUUGUUCUUACUAUUCAAAAUUAAAGUCAAAAGAAAAAAUUAUUGAAUGUUGCAUGUGUGAUAACAAAUUUACAAGAUUGCAAAUGCUGAGGAAACAUUUAUUAACUCAUGUUGAGGAUAAACUAUUUCAGUGGGCUGUUUGUGGAAAACAGUUUACACAGUUAUGUUUAUUGAAACAUCAUAAAUGUACACAUUUACAGUUAACUUAAAGAAGUCAACCUAAAGAAACUAAAUAAGUAUAUAAAAAUAUACUGAUAUAUUAUUAAGUACAUAUGGGUACUUAAAACACUUAUCAUUUUUCCAAUAAAUUUCACCUAAACUUUUUAUUAGGAAUUUGAAGCAUGAUUUUAUCACAUAGACACAUAUGCAAGACAAAAGUGAGUUUAUUACAUAAAUACAUUGUUGCAGGGUUUAUUUACAAUCCAAUAUAUUUUAUGAGCUUUUAUUCUAUCUUACAAACAUAAACAGUUUUGUCAAAUCAUAUUAGUUGAAGGAGGUUAAGGGAACUAGCCAUUAGUGAUCACAGCAUAAUAUACAUCUUUGUUCAGGAAAGUGCCAGAGUAGAACUUGUAUAUUUUGUGUCAGUUUUAUAUUAAAAGUUAAUAUGCAUUCUUAAACAAACAAGAUGUUCUAUUGAAAAGGUUUAUAGAAUUUCUUGGAAUGUACUUAUUACUUUUUUUUUGCAUACUCAGCUUUUGUGACACAUGACUAAAAAUAUUUACCGGUAGG